CGCCCCCAAACUCCCCGCGCAUAAAAGUGAGCGAGCAGAAGCGGCCCCGCGAGAGCGAGUAGGAGAGAAGCGAGCCAAGAAAGCGUGAGAAGGGAAGAGAAGAAGUCGAGCGAGCAUGAAGAUGAAGUCGCGUUGGGCGCUCGCCUUGUGGUUUUUGGUCUCGUGGAGCUCGAGCGUCGCGCGCUCGCCGUACCAGGCCGUCCUGCAGCACAGCCGCGUCCGGGGACGCCAGCAAGGGCCCAACGUGUGCGCCAUGCAGCAGCUGCGAGGCGGCGACAAGAAGUACUUCGCCAACUGCAAGCAGUGGUAUCAUCGCAAGAUCUGCAACCGGCCCACGGUGGUGACUUACGAGUGCUGUCCGGGUUACGAGAAGAUUCCCGGGGAGAGAGGCUGUCCCGCAGCGCUGCCCCUGGUCAACAUUUACAACACGGUGGGGGCGGUGGGGGCGUCCACCACCAAGAUGUACGCCGACCGAGCCCAACUGAGGGAGGAGAUCGAAGGCCCCGGAAGCUUCACCUUCUUCGCUCCCAGCAACCGGGCCUGGGCCGCGCUGCCCACCGAGAUCUUGGACGCGCUGGUGAGCAACGUGAACAUCGAGCUGCUCAACGCCCUCCAUUAUCACAUGAUCGACCGCCGCCUGACGUCGGAAGAGCUCCGGCACGGCUCCUCCUUCCCGUCCAUGUACCAGGACUUCCCCGUGCACGUGCACCACUACUCCAACGGGAUCGUGACGGUGAACUGCGCGCGUCUGAUCAAACCGGACCAGCACGCCACCAACGGCAUCGUGCACGUGGUGGACCGCGUCAUCACGGCCGUUUCCAACAACGUGCAAGCGCUCAUCGACGCGGACGACGAGCUGGAGACGCUGCGCACGGCGAUCGCCGCCGCCGGCCUGAGCGGCGUUUUGGAGGGCGAGGGCCAGUACACCGUCUUCGCUCCGACCGACGAGGCCUUCCGGAAGAUCCCGCGAGAGACCCUGAGCAGGAUUCUGGGAGACCCCGCGUCUCUUCGAGACCUGCUCAACUACCACAUCCUGAAGAACUUGCGCUGCGCCGAGUCCAUCGUGUCGGGCGCGCCGAUGGAGACGCUGCAGGGCGCGGUUCUGGAGGUGGGAUGCGACGGAGACCGGCUGACCGUCAACGGGAAGGCCGCGGUGGUGAAGAAGGACCAGCUGGGCACCAACGGCGUCGUCCACUACGUCGACGAACUGCUCAUCCCGGACUCGGCCAAAACUCUGCUGGAGCUGGCCGAGAGCUCCAACGUGGCCACGGCGACCAGAAUGUUUGCGGAGGCCGGUCUGAGCCCGCGCCUGAAGGGCUCCGAACCCCUGACGGCGUUGGCGCCCCUGGACGAGGCCUUCGGAGGAGGCCGGCUGAGCGGCGACGCGCGCAAGGUGAUGAGCGACCACAUCGUCAAGGAGCGGCUGUCGUCGCAGUCGCUGUAUCACAAUCAGGAGCUGGAGACGCUGUCGGGCGUCAAGCUCCGAGUCCUGGUCUACCGAAACAACCUGUGCAUCGAGAACACCUGCCUGGCCGCCCACGAUAAGACGGGACGCUACGGAACCCUGUUGACGGUGGACAAGGUGCUGACGCCGCCCGCGGGAACGCUCAUGGACGUGUUGAAGGCGGACGAGCGCUUCGGCGUUCUGGUCGGCGCCAUCCAACGGGCCGGGAUGACGGAGCUGCUCAACCGGCCGGGCGCGCUGACCUUCUUCGCGCCCACCGACGCCGCCUUCGACGCCAUGCCGCAGGCCGAAGUGGACGAGCUGAUGCGAAACGGGCGGCAGCUGUCGGCCUUGCUGAAAUACCACCUGGGGGAGGGGCUGGUGGUCAGCGGCGGCGUGGGCUCUCACACCAGGAUCCAGCCCCUGCUGGGCGACAAGCUGGAGCUGGCCGCGAGGAACUCCACGGUCUUCGUCAACCGGGUGCCGGUGGCCCACGCCGACCUGAUGGCCACCAACGGCGUCGUGCACGGCGUCGACCGCAUCGUCAAACCGCUGCCUCCCAAGGCGGACCCGGAGCAAGCGGACGGCCCGCCGGGCGCCCUCGGGCCUUCUUCCUCUUCUUCUACCUCUUCUCUGCGCUCAGAGUCCGGGAGCUUCAGGAACGACGACCUUUUCCAGAAGGUCAUCCAAAGUCGCUCCAGCAGGACGAUGAACACCGCACAGUGAUGUCACCAUUUUCUCGUGAAACAUUUGCUGGGUUAGGGUACUUCA